GCAAAGCAGCGUCCCAAACCCUUGUCGUAACGCGUGGUCCUUCGAUAUCGACCGCAGCAGUCCGUCGGUUGGGCACCCCUGCAGGCAGAUGGACACCAACCCGGUGGAGUAUUGGGACGCCCAGGCCCGGGACUACGACGGGAACAUCUUCUCCACUAUCGACGAGGACGUGACGGGCAUCAUCACCGAGACGCUCGACAGGCACGCCCACGCUCGCGGCACAGGGCCGUUCAGCCGGUGCAUCGACCUGGGCUGUGGCGCGGGCAAAUACUUGGCCGCCCUCUCGGCCCGGUUCGGCACCGUGGUCGCGUACGACCUCAGCCCGAAGCUGGUCAG